AUGGCCACUCAAGCAACUUCCUCCUCCCCCUCUUCAAAUUCUUCAUCAUCUUCUUCUUCGUCUUGCUCUCGAUGGAACUACGAUGUGUUCCUUAGUUUUUGCGGUGUUGACACUUGCAAGAAUUUCCCAGAUCAUCUCUACACUGCUUUAAAACAAAAGGGUAUUGACACCUUCUGGGAUGAUGAAAAAAUUAAGCGAGGGAAGUAUAUUUCUCCAGAGCUCUUGAAAGCAAUAGAAGAGUCCAAGUAUGCUAUCAUCAUUCUCUCAACAAACUAUGCUUCUUCAAGGUGGUGCCUAACUGAAUUAGCCAAAAUUGUUGAAUGCAUGAAGAAGACCAGAUUGACAGUUUUGCCUGUCUUUUAUCAUGUAGAACCCUCUGAUGUAAGAAACCAAAGUGGCAAUAUUGCUAAAGCCUUUGCUAAACAUGAAGAAUAUACCAAAGUUAACACAAAAGAUGUGCAAGCAUGGAAAGCUGCUUUGAAAGAUGUGGGUCAUAUAUCCGGAUGGCACGUGCAUGAUAGGUAUGAAUCAAAAGUUAUCCAAGAAAUCAUUGGAAGGAUAUGCACUGAGUUGUAUCAUAAAUUUUCAAGUGUUUGUGAGGACCUUGUUGGAAUGGACUCACGUGUGGAAGAAAUGUUGGGUUCAUACUUAGGUGAAGGGUUGGGUGAUGUUCACUUUGUUGGGAUAUGCGGGAUGGGUGGAAUGGGCAAAACAACUCUUGCACAAGAAAUUUAUAGAAGAAUUUCAGGUAACUUUGAAGUUGGUAAGUUUAUUGCUAAUGUUAGAGAAGAAACUAAAAAUCAUGGUCUAGUUUCUUUACAAAAACAACUUCUUUCUAAGACCCUCAUGGAAAGUGAAAUAAAUAUGUCGAAUAUUUAUGAGGGAAUCAAUGUUAUAAGAAGUACACUACAAAAUAAAAAGGUUUUUAUUGUUCUUGAUGAUGUGGAUGGAGAAGAACAAUUAGGAGCAUUAGCAAGAAAACAUGAUUGGUUUGGUCCGGGGAGUAGAAUCAUUAUAACAAGUAGAGAUAGCCAUUUAUUGAAAAGAUGUGGUGUGAAUGAUAUAUAUACAGCCAAGGGUUUGAGUGACAAUGAUGCUUUGAAGCUUUUUAGUUUGAAAGCUUUCCAUAAACCUCAUCCUGAAGAAAAUUUUGUAAAUUUGUCUAUGGACUUUGUGAAUUAUGCUAAAGGCCUUCCUUUAGCUCUUAAAGUUUUAGGUUCUUUGUUGUUUGAUAAAACAAUGAAUGAAUGGAAAAUUACCCUAAAUAGACUAAAAGCAGAAUUUGAUGCAAAUAUUAUGAAUAUACUUCAAAUAAGUUUUGAUAGGUUGAUGGAUAUGCAAAAAGAAUUAUUUUUAGAUAUUGCGUGUUUUUUCAAAGGAGAGAAAAUAGAUUGCAUAAGAGAUGUACUACAAAGUUUUGGUUACUAUCCAGACUACAAUAUUGGUGUUCUUAUGGACAAAUCUCUAAUAACCAUUGAGGGCCAUGGAAUUUUGUGGAUGCAUGAUUUGCUGCAAGAUAUGGGUCAAGAAAUCGUUCGUCAAGAAUCCCUUAGAGAGCCUGGUGGACGUAGUAGGUUGUGGAUUUAUAACGAUGUCAUUCAUGUAUUGAAAAAUAAUACUGGAACCAAGGUAGUUGAAGGCAUAAUGCUAGAAGUUCCUAUUCAAAAAAUGGAACACUUUCAUGCUGAAGCCUUCUCAAAGAUGAAAAAUUUGAGACUUCUCAAAAUUGGUAAUGAGAAAUUUCCACAUGGCUUCAUAAAUGGUACUAUGCAACUUCCAAAAAGUCUUAAUUAUCUUUCUCACGAGUUACGCAUUAUGGAAUGGCAUGGAUAUCCUUUUAAAUCCAUGCCAACUAGUUUUGAACCAAACAAACUUGUUGAACUCAGAAUGCGUUGUAGCCGCAUCAAACACCUAUGGAAAGGAAUUAUGGAUUUAGAGGAGUUAAGACUCAUUGACCUAAGUGACUCCCAAAACUUGAUUGAGAUGCCAGACCUUAGUGGAGCCCCAAAGCUUAAGCAAUUGAUUCUUAGACGAUGUAAAAGACUAUAUAAGAUUCAUGCAUCUCUUGGAGAUCACAAACAACUUAUUCGAUUGGAUUUGAAUGGUUGCAAAUGUCUCGAAAGCCUUCCUCACAAGAUCAACUCAGAAGUACUUGAAAUUUUCAAUCUUGAUGGUUGUUCAAGACUAAAGAAGUUUCCAGAAUUUGUUGGAAAUAUGUCACAUUUAUCAGAACUUUGUUUCAGUGGGACUACUAUAAAACAUCUACCAUUAUUAGCAGAGCAUUUAACUGGCCUUACUAAAUUAGAUCUAAGUGACUGCAAAAACCUUUCAAGUCUUCCAAAUGAUUGUUGUUAUUUGAUGUCUCUAAAAAUUCUCAUUUUGUCUGGCUGCUCAAAAAUUAAUGAAUUGCCAGAGAAUUUGGGGAAUAUCAAAGGUCUUGAAGAGCUAGAUGUGAGUGGAACUGCUAUAACAGAAUUACCUUCUUCGUUGGUUCUCUUAAAAAAUCUCAAAUCAUUGUCUCUUCGUGGAUGUGAAGGUUUUUCAUCUAUAUCAUCAAAUAAACUCAUCAGUUUUCCUUUAAUGCGAAAAAGAAGAGUAGACCCCGCAGGCAUGUUAGGGCAUUCUCUUUCUAAUUUAUGGUCUUUGACUGAAUUGAAUCUAAGUUUAUGCAAUCUUCAAGCAAUUCCUGAUGGUCUUGGUUGUUUGUCCUCUUUAACACAUUUAGAUCUGAGGGGAAAUAAUUUUGUUUGCCUUCCUGAGAGUACCACUCAACUAUCUAAUAUGGAGACUCUUUAUCUGAGUGGUUGCGCACAUCUUCGAUCUUUGCCAGAGCUUCCAUUAAAUAUUGAUGUUAUUGAUGGAAAUGGUUGUACCUCACUGGAAAUAUUACCAAUACCAAGACCUAAAGAUGCAAGAUGA